UGAUGAAUAUAUCAUGAAUUCGGCCAAGUCCACAAUGGGGGGUGGCUGGGUAUUGACGAACAGGAUUCAACAUAUUUGGGACGGUACAAAAAGUUCUUAGCUUUUUCGACGUUAUAGAUUCGAUCUCGGGUCUUCCAGAGCCGGUGCCGGAUUAAAUGCAAGAUGAACAGUUCGUUAGUUUUAGCAAUAUUUAAACGUAAAUUUGUGGAACUAUUUUUUCGUUUAUUUCGCAUCUAAUUUACAUAACGCUCGACGUACAGUACAUUCUAUCUGUUUGGCUGUGGGCGUGAGUAGUCGAACAGCUGUUGACUGGGCGAAUUUCAUACUACACAUUAUGAUGGUUUCGUAGACUAAUUAGCCAGAAUGAAAAUUUGCGGACCCGGAAAAGUUGUCGAAAUCGAUGAGACUGAUGUGAGCAAAAGGAUAAAACCAGGAGAAAGUUUCCACCUGUUCGUUCAGCAUACGAGUAAGUUUUCUAGGAGUGUUUCAAUUUGGAGAGAGCCAGGAGUUAUACCUUUAGCCCGAAAACAAGUACCAAUAAAUCCGAAAAUCGUAAGAGGAAGAAUGUAGACGUGUGUGUUGAUAAUGCGGAAAAAGUUUCUACCGUGGAAAAGAUGAAUUUACAAAAGAAUCAUCCGAACCACGUUAUUUACCGAAGAAAUUGGAGAUAAGGAAUUAGAAAUAUGUCAACGCAUUAUUCACCAAGGGAACAUGUUUCUGGAUAUACAAUAAUCAAAAUUUAAAUUCGUCCAAUAAGAACUUUUCAAGAGAAUGACGUCAACGUUCCUUUACCUAAUGUGGAAAGGGAAGGGAGUGGCCGAAAAGCCUGUGUUAAAAGUAUUGUUUUAUUUGAAUUUAAAUUAAAGUUCCGCACUUAAACAACAAAACUGCAUCAUUUCAACUCGAUCGGAUAAAAUAUUCUAUAAUGACUGAUGAAAUUUAUGGUCCAGUUUGGAGAAUUGGCAUUUAAAAAUGGAAGAUGUAUAUAUAAGAUAUUUUUCCUAACAACCGUAUCGCUGUGAUCCAUUCCAGAUAUUUACGGUUUAUCCAGAACCAUUUCAAGUUUUAACUGUUACUGUACUUGAGGGAAAGAAUGUCACAAAGGGACGAUUUGGAGACUUAAUGGAUACGCCCGAUCCUUAUAUUAUAUUGCGUGUUCCGGGUACACCCAAUGGAAAGAAGAGAACGGAGAUGUUUAGUAAUACCAUAAAUCCAGUAUGGAAUGAAACUUUUAAUUUCAUUCUUGAUCCAGGCAGAGAAAAUAUUUUAGAAGUAAUUUUAAUGGAUUCAAAUUAUACUGUCGAUGAAAAACUUGGUGUACAAACAAUUAAUAUCAAAGAAUUAGAGAUUAAUAAUGAAGAAACUUUUACUCUUACAUAUAUUGAGCCAACAGAGAUAACAAUUAAAGUAUUGCUGGUAAUUGAUCAGAAACCAGAUUUGAGAUUUAGUUUAACAUUACCUGAAAAAGAAAAGUCUUUUAUGAGGAAGAGGAAAAAAUUUGUAAUGGAAAAAUUAAAAAUAUUGUUAAAAGAGAGAGGACCACAAAAUGAAAAAGAGGUACCAACAAUUGGUCUUUUAGGAUCUGGAGGUGGAUUUCGUGCAAUGACAGCAUUAAGUGGGGUAUUCAAGGCAUUAUCAGAUACAGGAAUUUUAGAUUGUAUAACUUAUGUAGCUGGACUUUCAGGCUCAGCUUGGUACAUAUCAACUCUUUAUUCACAUCCUGAUUUUCCUGAAAAAUCACCUGGUGAUCUGCAAGAAGAAUUAAAAAGCAGCAUCAGUCAAAGUCCAUUUUGGUUGCUUGGUCCUAGAAGUCUCUAUCGUUAUAUCACUAAUAUUUUGGCCAAACGUCGAAGGGGUCAACCUAUUAGCUUCACAGACUUUUUUGGUCAUUUAUUAGGAGAUACAUUAUUAAAAGAAAGAACUGACUGUUGUUUGUCACACCAACAAACAAAAAUUGAAGACGGACAAUUACCAAUGCCUUUUUAUACUUGCCUUCAUGUUAAAAGCAAUGUAUCAGCUAGAGUUUUUCAAGAAUGGCUCGAAUUUUCACCCUAUGAAAUUGGCAUUGCAAAAUAUGGAACUUUUAUGAAGACGGAACAUUUUGGUUGCAAGUUCUACAAAGGGAGAAUAGUGAAGAAGUAUGAAGAAUGUCCUUUACAUUAUUUGCAAGGUGUUUGGGGAAGUGCCUUUUGUAUCCUUUUCAAAAGAUUAAUUCAAGAUAAAACAAGAUUAUCAUUACUAUUAGGAAACAAUUCAAGUGAAGAAAAGGAUGAAUACCCGGAACCAGGAAUGGAAGAGGAACAAUUAAGAUGUACAGCUGAAAAUAUGUGUUUUGAAGAAAGUGAAGACGAGAACGAUACUGGAAACAGUUCUGAUAGCGAUUGUGAAAUUGAUAAAGAAAAUGAAACUUCACUAAUCAACCAGGUACAAAAAUCGUUCUGGCAGCAAUUUAUUGAUAAUAUAUGUACCAGUUCCGUGUUAGACACCAGAAAAGGAAGAGCUGGAUUAAUUUUAAAUCCAUUAAGAGGCCUGUCUUUAGUGAAUUGUUUUCCAUUUUCUCCAUUCUCUCCAACAUCUCCAAGUGAUGACGAACUAUUCAAAGGUUUAAAAGAACUCAUUCCUACGACGACAAAAACAUUAUAUCUCGUGGAUGGCGGCUUAACGUUUAAUUUCCCUUUUCCUCUCUUACAACGACCGCAGCGAGGUGUCACAUUUUAUUUGGCGUUUGAUUUCAGCAGUAGAGAAGACGAAAAUAUUCCAUCUUUUAAAGAAUUACUGUUGUCGGAAUGUUGGGCAAACGCCAACAACUGUCCAUUUCCUCCAAUUUCGGAGCUUAUUGUGGAGUACAAAAAUCAACCGUUGCAAGAAUGCUACAUAUUUAAACAUCCCACUGAUACAAACUGUCCUACUAUUUUAUAUUUUCCAUUAGUUAAUUCAAGUUUUAGAGAAUUUAAAGAACCCGGAAUUUUGAGAGAGACGGAAGAAGAAAAGGAAUUUGCCGACUUCCAGAUAUUUGGCGAUUCGAAGGAAUCGUUUUCCAUUUACAAUUUCAAAUAUACUUAUCGUCAGUUCGAAAGAAUCUCAAAAUUAAUGGAGUAUAAUGUCUUAAACAACAAAGAAGUGAUAAUUAAUAGCAUAGCAGAAGAAGUUUGCCGCUGUAGAUCCCAAGGAGGAAAACUUGCAUUUUCGUUCCCUUUGAAGAAAUGUUCUUCGGAAAUGCCUCUAAAUAACGUUAAAGUUUGAUAUCGCAUUUGGGAACAAUCUCUCCCUUUCUAAGAAUUUACUUUGAUAAUUAAUUUUUACUUUAAUACUAAAUCACUUUUGACAAACAAUGAAACUAGUCAUUGUAUACAGUAUUAGAUUAUACAGUAUAUAUUUUUUAUGAUAAUAUCAGAUAUGGAUUUUCUAUUUUAAAUAAAUAUUAAGACAAUAAUAUUUAGUAAAGAUAUAUUCCGGUGAUAAUUUUUAUAUUUGUUUUAUAUUUAAAUAACUUAAGAUUUUAUUUAUUUUAUGAAGAUUAUUCACUGAUAUUAUCAUACGUAUAAUGAUUUUGUAUAUUCGUUUCGAUUUAUCGUCCUAUUCGGUAUGAUUCAAAAACAUCAGUAUUUAUGAUUAUGAAGUACAGUAGAUGCUCUAUUAUUCAGAAAGUUAAUUAAAAAUUUAUUCUAGAUAACUGUAAAUAACAGCUAAUCCAUAUUAAACAAAUGAAAGUAUUGAAUUUUAGAAUAUUAUCAUAAAAUUGACUUGUGGUAUUGUAAGAUUAUGCAAUUCUGUACAAGUAUCAUCCAGUAAAAAAUAUUUCUCUGUAUGCAAUCUAAUGCCAUUUGAAUUUUGGGACAUAUACAUCCCUUUUUAAACAUUCAAUUAAUCUGAUUCUGGAUGAUAGAGAGCCUAUUGUAUAUAAAUAUUACUAUAUUUUAUUCAAUUUUAGAUUUAGAGGUAGAAUUUAUUAAUUUUUAACAUAUUCAGACUAUAUAUAUUCUAUCCUUAAAAGUACAAUAUACUACAGUGAAAUCUGAUCAGUGUGUAUAAUGUUUGAAUAAGGUUAUCGACAAAGUUCUCUGUCACUCUUGUUAGUUAAUUAAUUAAUAAAUAAAAAUUAAAUUAUAGUUUUGCUAACUAUAGUCCGUGCAGUGAACGAGUAGACACGAAAGGAGACAUGUAAUUAAUAUUAGAACUAAGAGUAAGUAAUAAAAGAAUAUUAUGAUAAGAUUGAAUAAAAAUGAAACAGCUGAAAGAGAUUGGAUCCAUGUGUUAACCUUCCCUUUCAUCUGACAUAUAGUUUGUGCAGUGAAAGAGUAGACAUAACAAGAGUGACAAAGGUUGAAACUGUGACAAGGAGAAUGUCAUACACACCAACAUGCUUAAUUUAUAAAAUAAUUAUACUUUUUGAACUGUUAAAUGUUUCAUUUCAUAAAUUAUAUAAUAUUUUAUACAUUAACUUAGAUUUAAGAAAAGGAAAGAUUAUAGAUUUUAAUAUAAAAAAUUCAAUAUAUAGUUAACGUAAAGAAAAUUAUAGAAAAUCUAAAUAAAUGAUACUUGACUCUUUCUAUUGUCUUUUUUCCAUAAGUAACAUUUACAGAUAUUCUUGUAGCAGAUUAUCUUCUUGGAUCAGGAGAUUUUUUCCUGUUUUUAAAGGUUAUUCCAUCUCUCUUCUUUCUUUUGAUUUAUAAUUGAGUAAAUUAUCUCCAUGUAAAUCCUUCUUCCUUCAUUCCUUAUGCACACACCAUUCAACUGCAGUGAAUUAAAUAUUUGUGGCAGAGUGAUUCCAUUAAUAAAUCACAUAUGUAAGUUUUGCAAUUAGGCAUUUGUGCUCAAAAUGUAAUUAUGCAUCUGUGUAGAGCAUGAUAUUAAUGCAAGUUUUUACUGUGAUAAAAUGAACUUCUUUGAUGUUGUAUACAUUUUUCUAAAAGUUUUUUAUACUUAAAAUGUAACAUGCAUUGCUAUAAAAAAUGUUUAUAUAGCAAAUAGAUAUUUUUCCAAAAUAUUUAUAUAGUGGAAAAAUUUAUAUUUAAGCGUUGGCUUCUUUACAUGUACUGUCGAUUCACAAAACAUUUUCCAUCCAUGAUGUGGUAAAUCCAGAAAUGAUAUGGUAAAUUUGGUUUUGUUCGUUAAUUACUGGAAAAACUGGAUGUUCUACUAUAAUUAACUCAAUAACAAAAAGCAGAUUUAAUACUAUUUAAAUAGUAUGUAUUUUUAAAGUUGUUUUUCUGUUCUAUCAAAAGAACUUGGUGAUCUUUGAACUAAUGUUUUCGAUCUUAUUUAGUUAAAUUUAUCUUAUUACUUUAUUAUUU